AUGGGACUGCAUUUAUCAAACCCAUUUCAUGAAAAUAUAUCCCUGAUUUUGAUGAUCUUGGCCUUUUAUUCCUUCCAAUAUCGCGUCGGUAUUGGUAUUGUCGAACGUGCUCACGAAUUCCUUUUAUCUGCUCAGAAGGACAAGGCUCCAACAAACAAUACCGCAAAAACAGUCGCUGCCACAUGUUUUACUUGUCUAGGCAUAUUGUUCCAUACCUUAGGUGACCUGGAAAAAGCCGAAACUUUAAUCGUGAUGGCAAGUCAGUUAUUUACCGAAAUUCAGGAAAGUGUUGAAAGAGAAAAACUACCGUUCAAAACAAUUACGUGUGACAUCAUGAAAGAAAUAUUACCAUCAAAGAAGUUUUUACCGUCAGAUAAAUAUUCUAUUAUGAAGGAAGUGCUUGCUGAUUGGAAUAGAUUCCUUGAACAUCAGAAACAUCACAAGGAACGGCAAGAUACCUUGGCUGAAGACUCAAAAACGUCGGAGAACUGUAGCAAUGGUCGGCAAAAUGUAGAGUUGUUAAUUCCAACUUCCGAUGGUGUGAAGCCUCGAGAAAUUGAUUCUUCAGAUCCUAAGACUGUAGGCUUCCAACGCAAACAGUGUCCCAAACUAAUCUCCCUGUUGAACUUGAAUAAUUUCGUGAUGAUGCUUCACUCAAUCCAGAAUCAUCCAACCUGGAAGUACUUAUUUAGAUGCUCUCGAGUAUAACCGGAAGAAAGGCAAUGUCCAUCAGGCUGUAAAAAUAUACACUUCUCUUCAAGCUCAUGAGUUAUCUUUUUAUGAAAGCUGUCCCUGUGAUAGUGUUGAAAAGUUAAUCAGCGACGCGAUCAGAGCGAAGGAAGACAACAGACUUAGUAGUGGCAUUGGAUCUUUAGAUCUUGCUUUACAGCUGCCAUCUAACUGGAGAGAAAAAACCAAGACUCUUAAAUUGCGUGGGGAAUGUUAUUUAUCCAGGGGCGAUUUCCGAACUGCUACAAUUAAUUUCAACGAAGCCGCUUGCAUUUAUUCCAGGGAGACAGUAGAAACCCGUGAUGACCUGUGUGAAUAUUCAGAAGUGUUGAUUGGCUUAAUAAAAAGCGAGACGCUGUGCCAGAAUGUAGCGGGUGCAUGGUUGAAAUGUCGAGAGGCGAUAAAACUGGUGUCUAAUCAUGAACAUAGAGAAUCCAUACAUCUGCAAGAGAUAGAGUUGCUUUACCUUGGAGCAAAAUGCCAGGAUAUUUUGUCAGAAAGUGCAGAAGAAAGUAAAGAUGAUAAGCUUGCCCAAGCUUGCUCUUUGUGUCAACAAGCUCUUCUUAUCUUGAGCCUGGACGUUGAUCAGACAAGGAACUCCAGUGAACUGAUGGAAGAACUUGGAACCUCGGAACCUGGGAAAUGUUUUGCCUUGAAAUGUGAAGUGCAACUUUUGUUGGCGGUUGUUUUUUUAAAGUUACGUAAAAAAGAAGAAGCAGAACGAAUUUUGAAAGAGACGCAGGAAUUUUUGAUGAACAUUCCCGACGCAUUUGAAUCUCUUUCUGCAAAUUGGCAAAAUUUGCAAAUGGUUGCAGGCAAGCCUGAGUUUCUAAGUAUAUAUCGUCGCCUAUUUUCAUGGAUUGGUCGAGUGUUAGUUAUGCGUGAUAAAAUAAAGCGAUCUAUUACUUGGCUGAGUGAAUCACUCUAG